UUUUGCUUCACUCAUUGUUGGAGCAUAAGAAUGCAAAUCUUAUCGAAUUGGGGAGAUUAAGCUCAAAUGCAUGAGUUCACCAAACAAAUUCGAAUCAAGAUUGCUGACCUCACGACCAAAAUGGAUCCAUUUCAAAACCGACAAGAAACCCUCACCUCAACAGGUCAAUUACGAUAUGUAAUCGAUUACAUAAAGGGCAAUUGAUUAACCUCGAUCGAUAGUUGAGCCAUCCCGAUAGAGGUGGUUGAGCCAUAGACGACAAGUGGGUGAGCCAUGUCAAUGAAGCCACAUCAUCAACGGAGCCAAAUGAUUAACCCACAUCACUAUCUUAAUCAUUUCUAACAUAAACAUUAUGGGAGAGAACGAGACAAACUUCCCCCAAUCUCAAUCUCAAGCAGUACGUCGAGAGAUGGACAGCAUCCAUACCCAGAUACUGAUUCAUUUUCAAUCAUCCUCGAUUUCUUGAUUGAGUCGUUCCUCUCUCUCUCUCUCUCUCUCUCUCUCUCUCUCUCUCAAUUUCAAUCAUCCUCGAUGGCACGCGUCGAGUUUACAGCCUACCCCUCACCCUGCAGUAACCCUGCGCGAAUCUUAAAGCUAAACAACUGUGUUGGAUCCCCCUCGGAGUCGACAUACCUAUACGUAGCCACAAGGCUCCGAGCAUCUCUGCUUUAAAGUGCGUGCGAGGCCACGCGGCGCUGCAUCGACUCCUCCCGUGUUGGACAUCUGUUUGUCGUGUAUACAGAUACUCAUAUAUAUUAAUCUCGAUGGGUUCCCACCGUCCGUCACUCGGCUCGGCCCUCUCGCACCUAACUCGUCGCAUCCGGCCAUGGCAGGUGGAGAGCUUCUCAGUCGUACAUGCCCUCUCUCCUUUCUCCCUUCUCCUCCUCCUGUUCUACCUUCAAUUCUCUACAGUUGAAAACACGAUCCAUCGACACUGCAUGAGAAGGUUUCCUGCACACCACCAUGGGUGUCAUCACAAGUUGGUACGCCAUUUAAAGCGCAUGUGGACGUGUUGGAAGAGACACAUACGGUGGGCAGCCACUGUUUGUGUGGGUUUGGGAGGAGUGGAGGCCGUCCUGCCCGCCCGUCUCCACCUGCAGCUGCAGCUGCUGCUGCUGUGUGUUUUUGUCUCUCAUGGUCGCAUGCGACUCGUGCCCACCCCCAAAAGGGCAAGCACCUCUCCCCUGAAUCGAGUCUCUUCCGUUUUCCUGUAGAGAAAGGGCCUACAAGUGGAAUUCAUCACAUGAUAAGCCACUUGAGAUAGCCAUGUCCUACCCUCAUGCCUUCACUCCUUGUAGAAGGAGGCUUAGCUUUGAGGAGAUUUCAACCCAAGGCCCUCUGUCCAUCUCCUAUAUAGCUCUCCCUCCCUCCUUACCACACCAUUUUGAGGCAGGUCGCAAGAUGUCGAGCAGGAGGUCCAGGAUCUCAGAGGAGGAGAUCAACGAGCUCGUCUCCAAGCUGCAGUCCCUCCUCCCAGAAGCCCGCCGACGAGGCAGCGGCAGGGCUUCGGCAUCAAAGCUACUGAAGGAGACGUGCAACUACAUCAGGAAACUCAACCGGGAGGUCGACGACCUGAGCAACCGCCUCUCGGCCCUCAUGGCGACCAUGGACAGCGACAGCGCCGAGGCCGACAUCAUCCGCAGUCUCCUCCGGUCGUGAGCACGGUUCGUCCUCUCCUUUGUUCCACUCCACCUAAUGUAUCUGCAUAUGCAUACAUAAUGUAACUUGUUCCAAGUGUGGGACUUUUGAUGUAGCACGGGUAACCUUGGAUUUCCUGUACAUAACACGAAAAAUUCUACUUAGUUCAUCUAUAAUAUUCCUUUCUCUGCCUUAUCUGCCACUAGACCAACUUGGGGGAGUGGCUUCCGUAAGCUCGAGGGAAACAGACCUAACCUCGGCAAUUUUGUAUCCCUAAUCCUACCACGAACGGUCUAACUUGAGAUGCAACUCAUCAUUUUUGGGUAAGACUGAAAGCUUAAUGUGGUCAAACUUUACGAUGAUGAGAAAUGGACUUCCUCCAGCUUUUGGCGUCAGCUGCUGAUGUUCGUGAAUUCAAAUUAAACAGCGCUAAGAACACCCAAAAAAAUACCUACCCAUAUGGUCAGUGCUGUAAGAAAUGAAACGGGUGAGCUCACCAGGGGUCCAUCUAGAGUCCGUGGGAUCCACGGCAGAUGACGUGGGGCGAGGCGCGAACGUCCGUGGUGGACCGUCCAAUCGAUGGAAGCUUCCUCGAAGCCUCCCGCCCGCCUACCCGCGCGCUCUCUCGCUCCCCGACGGUUACAGAGUUAGUUGACCUGACGGUUGUGAGAGUGUACUCGCCAACCGAAUAAAAUGUAAAAAGAAUAAAGAAAUGGGGAGAAAUAGACCAAAACUCUGCAAUCAAUCAUACGUUUGCUUAUGACCAAUUCUACAGUCUACAAAUAUAAGAUCUACUGCUCCUGUACAAUGGACCGCAAGAAGGCUGAAGAAGGGAAACACACACACACACACUACCAAAAAAAAAAAA